AUCACAUUUGAUAGCUUCGACGGCCGCGGGAUCCCUUUGUUGCCCAGAUGAUGCAGUGCCCGACCAACAGCAGCCUCACAGGUGCUGCCACUCACGGCUAGGUGGAUUACACUCUGCAGACAGCCAUAAGGAGAGGCUUUUUGACUCAAAGGAAUACCAACAAGUGCUGUUAGCAGUGGAUCCUGCUAGCAUAGGAUCCAAAGGAUGGAUUAUGCCAUGAAGUCCCUCAGUCUCCUGUCCUCUGCCUCUCUCUCCAAGUGUGUGACAGCCAGUGUGUCAGCCAGUGCCUCCAUGACCCAGCAGCUCCUCGUCGGGACUCGUCGGCCUAAGCCCUUCCGGGUCACCAGCGCUGACCGCAGCGUUAAAAAGGGAAUCAUGGCUGACGGGCUACGAGACCUAGUCAACAAGGCAGUGGACUCUCUGCACGUGUCCUGCGUCAGUGCCCUGGUGCUGGAUGAAGACGGGACGGGGGUGGACACGGAGGAGUUCUUCCUGACCCUGCAAGACAACGCUGUCCUCAUGGUCCUGGAGAAGGGGCAGAAGUGGGCGCCUCCACAGAACACUCCUCCCAGAAUGCAAAAUGAGCUCAAACCCCAGCGCAGGAAAGAUGUGGCUAGAAUAACCUUUGACCUGUACAAGAACAACCCUCAGGAUUUCAUUGGCUGUCUGAACGUGAAGGCCACCCUUUAUGGCAUCUAUUCUGUCUCCUAUGAUGUGCGCUGCUACGCUGCCAAGAAGAUGCUGAAGGAGGCUCUGAGAUGGACCCUGUUCUCUAUGCAGGCCACAGGCCACGUCCUCCUGGGCUGCUCCUGCUACAUCGAGCAGCUCCUGGACGAGGAUGACCGGGCAGACAGGGGCCUGCCACCACUGCCACAGGAAGGCAAGAUCAAACAACUACAGAGCAUCCUGAAGGGCAGGACUUCUGUGAUGGGCAAGACUGUUGUUUGACCUAUUCCAAUACUAGUAACAUGCAUCCUUCCCUUCUCCCUAAUAAUCACCCAACUAACUUGAUUGUGCAGGUGAAAGGGAAAGUUCCACCACAUAGCUUGCACCUGUCCAGUCAUGGCAGAUUAGUGAUCACUUCAUGGAAGGGAGAAAGGAAGGAAGGAUGGAUUUUCAGGAUAUUCAAAAAGGGAUUUGACUGUGCUAAAAAACAAAAUGGGUACAGUCAAACUGCAGGACCAAUACCAUGGCACGUCAUAGUGUUGCAUCACUCUGAUGUCAUGGUUACUGCGACAGGUACACACCUUUUGGUUAGGUCACUCCUCUAGAUUUACUUUUGAGACAGGAAAUGUUGUGUUGUCCCACACUAUGUAAAUACCUGGCUGCAGUCACUUGUGCUUUGUUACAUAUCUGUCUGUGUAUAUGGCUUGCAACACCCCACAAGCAAAUGCCCACUUUUCUUUUGCAGUGACUGCUUCUGGUCUGUACUUUCAACUGAUACACUACUUUUUUCAUAUGAAUAAGCAAAAAUAAAUAAUAUGAUUUAUUAA